UAGGCGGGACGAAAUGGGCCUGGUGACGAAGAACCGCCGGAGCCCCGAGCCAGAGCGAGGAGGCUGCCUGCAGUGUCUCUGCAGGAGUCGCGGUUCUGCCUUUCUUGUCGUCUGAAGGAGUUGCUCGCCCGCCCUUGGGUGCGAUAGAGGGGUUAUUCCAGCCCAGGGUGCCAGAAGAUGGCUCACCCCCAGAGGAGAUGGCUCGUCAUGUCUCUGCUGGGUUGUUUGGGUUUGACACAGUUCUUGGGUAGGGCUGCCCAGCAUGAGAAAGCCAACCAAGGUUAACUCAGCCCAAGUUUAGCAUGUUGUGGGAAUGCUGCGUCUUCCACCGACAUGGUGAAGCAUUUGGUUUGAAGCCAGCCUCUCUGUUCUUCUUUCCAAAAAAUGGGCUAGUCAUGGAAGAGUUUGCUGGCCGGACACUGCAUGGGAUAUGUUUUCUGCAGAGCAGAUUAAAUCGUGGCCCAGCAUUGUCUCCUUUUCAGUACAGAACAAAGAUUUUGGCUAGUCUUAUUCCUGUUAUAGGAAUUAUAUAUAAAUUAUAAAUUCAUACAUUAUGUUAUAUUGGAAUUAUGCUAUAUGAAUUAAAAAUUGUGUUAUAGGAAUUAUAGGAAGCAAGGUUUACUUGUUGGAUUGCCUGUUUGGGAAGUUGUUUAUUCUCUCAGGUUUUGGUUCCCGUUGCAUUUUAAUUGUGUGCAUGAUUUAACUCUGUGGAAAGUGUAUGAUAAUUUCCAGUUUUACUGAAAUAGUACAAAUCCUUCUCAGCGAUUAUGUAGAGACCAGUCAUCCCAUCUACCGGAUGUAUGCGUGUCAGUCCACUGAGAUCAUUCAUUAAUUGGACCAAUUGCUUAUCAUGCCAAGAACUCAACACAAUGUCUCUGCUUCAGAAGAGGUGGACCUCCAUAUGAUUUGCUGUUUCUGUGUUGCCUCUUUCCAAAGAGGUGUGUGUGUGUGCAUAUAGGUGCCUUUGAGUUAGCAUUGACUCCUGGUGACUGCCUGGGCUAGUCCCUGCAGUUUUCUUGGUCUUGACUGAGAAUCUGUUUUUUAGUCAUUUGGAUUUUUGAGACAUUCUGAAUAUUUAGGAGAUUGUGGAGAUGAGUUCUAUCACUUCCAGAGAUGAAGAAGAAAAAGACACAUUUAAAAUUUUAGUUGCUACAGACAUUCACCUUGGGUAUUUGGAGAAGGAUGCUUCCCGUGGAAAUGAUACUUUUGUAACUUUUGAUGAAAUAUUGAACCUUGCUCAAGAUAAUGAGGUGGACUUCAUUUUAUUAGGUGGAGAUCUCUUUCAUGAAAACAAGCCUUCCAGGAAAACACUAUAUACAUGUUUUGAAUUACUAAGAAAAUAUUGCAUGGGUGACCGUCCUGUACAGUUUGAAAUUCUGAGUGACCAGUCAGUUAAUUUUGGCUUUAGCAAGUUUCCAUGGGUGAACUACCAAGAUGAAAAUCUCAACAUUUCUAUUCCAGUUUUUAGUAUUCAUGGCAACCAUGAUGAUCCCACAGGGGCAGAUGCUCUUUGUGCCUUGGAUAUUUUAAGUUGUGCAGGGCUUGUUAAUCAUUUUGGACGUUCACCAUCUAUGGAGAAAAUACAAAUUAGCCCUGUUUUGCUUCAGAAAGGAAAUUCAAAGAUUGCUCUUUAUGGACUAGGAUCUGUCCCCGAUGAAAGGCUAUAUCGAAUGUUUGUGAAUAAACAAGUAACCAUGUUGAGACCAAAAGAAGAUGAAGACAGGUGGUUUAAUCUGUUUGUGAUUCAUCAGAACAGGAGUAAACACGGCGCCACAAACUAUAUUCCAGAACAGUUUCUAGAUGAUUUCAUUGAUCUUGUGAUUUGGGGUCAUGAGCAUGAAUGUAAAAUAUCUCCAACCAGAAAUGAGCAACAACUUUUCUAUGUUUCUCAGCCAGGAAGUUCGGUGGUUACUUCUUUGUCACCAGGGGAAGCUGCCAGAAAACAUGUUGGCUUGCUGUGCAUCAAAGACAAAAAAAUGAAGAUGCAGAAGAUUCCUCUCCAGACCGUACGGCCUUUCUACAUUGAAGACAUUGUUUUGGCUGACCACCUGGACAUCUUUCACCCAGACAACCCAAACGUUGCACAAGUAAUACAAGAUUUCUGCAUGGAGAAGGUUGAAAUGAUGCUGGAAAACUCAGAAAGAGAACAUCUUAGAAAUCCGAAACAACCAGAGAAGCCUCUAAUAAGAUUACGAGUAGAUUACAGUGGAGGCUUCGAACCUUUCAGCAUAGUUCGUUUCAGCCAGAAAUACAUGGAUAGGGUGGCUAAUCCGAAAGAUAUCAUACAUUUUUUCAGGCGUCGGGAGCAAAAAGAGAAAAAUGAAGAUGAAGUUAACUUUAGAAAACUGGUCCACAAGCCUACAGCUGAGGGAACAACUUUAGGAGUGGAGGACUUAGUAAAGCAGUAUUUCCAAACAGCAGAGAAGAAAGUGCAGCUUUCUCUUCUGACCGAGCGGGGUAUGGGGAAAGCCGUGCAAGAAUUUGUGGACAAGGAGGAGAAAGACGCUAUUGAAGAAUUGGUGAAGAUCCAGUUAGAAAAGACCCAACGAUUUCUGAAGGAGCGGCAUAUAGAUGCAGAAGAAGCAAAAAUUGAUGAAGAGGUGCAGCGCUUCAGAGAAUCGAGAAAAAAGAACAUGGUGGAAGAGGAUGAGGAAGUUUGCGAGGCUAUAAACAGGGCCAAGGCCAGGUCUCAGGAAACUGAUUGUGCUUCCGUCAUGAGUGAUGAGGACCUCAUGGACGUGGCCACCUCUGACCAAAGGGCCAAUGAUGAAUCGGACGACUCUUUAGCUCCCAGCCGGGGUAGAAGGAGAGGUCGGGCAAGGGGCAGAGGAGGACAGAACAUCUCAGCCAGGGGGGCAUCUCGCCGAGGAAGAGGAGGAAAUACUGGCCGUGAUCAGACAAGCAGCAGCAGACCAUAUAUGCCUGUAACGACUCCUACAAAAAAUAUGUUGAUUUGGGAUGCUUUGAAGUCAUCAAGGCAGCAGCCCUCCCAGAAAAUGCCUGCCAAGAAUUAUUCAGAGGUGAUUGAAGAUGAUGAUUCUGAUACGAAGGAGGUGUCUUUUACCCUUUCCUCUACUACAAAUCAAAGAUUACCAACCACGUUAACAUACAGCCAAAGGAGCUCUCAGAGCCAAGCAUCGAAAGGUGUUGCCUUUGAAUCAGAUGAGGAUGAAUUAUUUGUUUCCACUUCGAGAAGAAACAGAUAAUAACUUCCGAGUCCAAUGUAUGGAAGGAAAGUGCAAAAAUAACCUCCCCAAAUUCUGCAAAGGAGGCCUAAGAUGUUUGCAGUUCGUUCUCCAUAAUUUUACUGUAUUGCCUUGAGAUGGAUGGCUUCCCUGGAGAAGAAUGGCUUCUUAUGUGUGGUGUCAUCAGGUGUGCACAAAUGUACUCCUAAAUUGUAGGAUCCAGAGAUCACUUGAGUGGAAAUCUGUAAAAAGGAAUACUCCCUCUUAGGGGCUUUCACUGAGGUCUUCUUGCUCUUUACCUUCUGAUACAUUCUUAUAAUCUGCUCAGGAAUACGAGGUUGGGAAAAUUCUGGAGAAAAGAGAAUUCAGGAAAAAAUGGGCCCUCUUUUCUCCAACAAGGAGUCACCAAAGUUCAGUCACAUCCCUAAUCAGAGCAGCUUCAAAUAUGCCUGAAUGGAGAUAGCAAUUUCUGGCAUCCAAACUUAACGACAAAGGAAAUACUUCACAGCAUUUCCUUUAAAGGGCUCUUUUACCUCCUGUGUCUCUUUCGUAUUACAGAGGAAUAAAUUAAGACCUGGCUGGGUAAGAGAACACAUGCCACGCUUGCAUUCCACGUUUAACAAGUCUCCAGCUUCCGUGGGGGAGGCAGUGCCCUGAGUCCAACCUGGUGGCGGCCUUCAGUGAAAUUAAAUGUGGCUGGACUGACUGAAGUGUAUGCCUGACAGUUUUGAAAAAAGAGAAAUGUCUGCUGGAUGCUUGGCUAUAAAAUGUGGCUCAUUUUGACAAUAAGCUAUACUGAGAAGGAUUUCCUGAUUCAGUGCCCAUAACAGUAAAGUUGGCAAUAAUUUCAUUGACAUGCACAGAAAGUAAUAGAUUGUGAGAGGCUUUCAAGUGGACAUAAGUUUGCUUUUUCUUUAGCUUAGCUUUGCCCAGCUUGCGUCUGCUUAUCUCAGUGGUGUAUAAAGAAAAACAUCAGUUUGAAAAGAUGCCCUUUUAAGUAAGCUCAAUAUUAAGUUACAGGAUGAGUUUUUAAAACCAUGUUGGCCUUGGAAAUGUUGUGCAGUGCAGUAUAUUUUAACAUGGAAAGUUCAUAUACUGACUGAUCACUAUAUUUUAAAUUUAAUUACAAACCCUGAAGAAUUGUACAAGGGAUGCAAGGUAUCUGAUAUGGAAUAAAGGUUUCUGACAUGUUUGUUCCU